AUGGCGAGUCGAGCUGCCAACAAACGGUUAACCCGCGAAUACAAAACCAUCUCCGAGAACCCCCCUCCCUACAUCGAAGCACACCCCUCCGAAUCCAAUAUCCUCGAAUGGCAUUACAUCCUGACCGGACCUCCCGAUACUCCGUAUCAUGGCGGACAAUACUGGGGCACACUUCUAUUCCCUCCCGAUUAUCCCUUUGCGCCUCCCUCCAUCAAAAUGCAUACGCCAUCCGGCCGGUUCCAACCCUCCACUCGUCUCUGUCUCUCAAUCAGCGAUUUCCAUCCUAAAAGUUUCAAUCCUGCGUGGGAAGUCAGCACGAUAUUGAUUGGUCUUUUGAGUUUCAUGACGAGUGAAGAAAUGACUACGGGGUCCGUGGGUGCGUCAGAGGCGGAAAGAAAAUGGGCCGCGAGCAGAACGAGAUGGUGGAAUAGUACUGGAGGAGGCAGUAUCAAGAAAGAGGGAACGCAGAAAGGCAACAUUAAAAAUGGGGAUGGAGGUUCAAAGUUCCGGAGCGAGUGGGAGGAAGUGGACAAGGAGAAUUGGAAGUGGAUGAAGGAGAGGAGUGUGGAUAUCGCGACUGGAAAUGAGGAGAGGAAGGAUGAGGAUGGGAAUGGAAGGGACUGCAGCGGAAUUGCAAUGAGGAGGCCAGGAGGUAGCCAAGCUGUCGUGGGAGCUGUGGUAGAAGGUGGUAGAGAGGGACGAAGUUGGCUGAGUAGGAACAAAUACUGGGUUGCUGGGGGAGUGAUUUUUACUUACGUCUUAAUUGCGAGACUAUUGGGAGAAGGAAAGGAUCUAUAA